AUGGCUACUAUCAACAAGCUUAAGAGGGCCCUUAGACAGAGAGCGACGGAAAUGGCCUCAUGUCCGACGCAGCCGUUAUCUGACACGCAGUACGGUGCUGCCUUUGAUAUUAUGAUACAAGGCUUGGGGUGGACAACAUACCAAGACUUUAUUAUCCCCCAACUGUCCCAGCUACUAAUUCCACUCUUCAACUCGCGCGCCCGUAUUUCUGUGCUAGAAAUCGGACCUGGGCCGAAGAGCAUACUAGGAUAUUUACCUAGCAAUAUGAGAAGUAAAAUAAAAAAAUAUGAUGCCUUUGAGCCUAAUAACUUGUUUGCGACUAGCUUGGAAGAAUGGUUUAAUUCUCCCGCGAAGACGGAUUCCCCAUUACCCUACUUAGAAAGCCCGCCAAGCAUCCAUAAUGUCCCGUUUGCUCUAAAUAAUCGCACCGAGUAUUGUACCGGAACGAAUAGGGAUGAUGAUGGUAAAUACGACAUCAUCCUUUUUUGCCACAGCAUGUACGGCAUGAAGCCUCAUCAUAAGUUCAUUGAAAAGGGGCUAAGAAUGCUACAUAAGCAACAAGGAGGAAUGGUGGUAGUUUUCCAUCACGACGAGACCCUCGAUCUCGCUGGCUUGGUAUGCCAUCGGACAGCUGCUUACCCUGCUGGGGUCAUCAGCGUGGCUGACGAAGACGAAGUAGUGGACCUUUUCGCUGCUUUUAUCGCAGGAUUUAUCAUUCAAGAUGCAGACAUGGCCGUCAGAACCGAGUGGCGUAAGGUGUGUCGUAUGUUAGGCCGUCGCGACGAAGCCCACGAAGGACAUCUCUUAUUCAGCUCACCCGGCGUUAUGGUGGCCUUCAACCAACAUGGAAACAGUCUGGCGGAAUUGACAGCACAUGUGCCAUUAUUUAAGGGGGGUAGAAUAGUUAAGAACCGAGAGGCUAACUUCCACCACCAGGCUUCGAUUAUCCGACCGACAGAGAUCCAACAAGUUCAGCACUGCGUUCGAUGGGCGUUGAAGCAUGGAGUUGGUCUGACCGUUCUUGGUGGGGGUCAUAGUGGUCACUGUCUCCAGUUUAGUGUAGUCUCGGUGGACAUGGGCGCCUUUGAUAAAGUUCAUAUUCACGCAACUGGGGAGGAUAAAGGGGGCGACGAGUUCGAUUCUGGUGCCUUCGUCGUCGCCGAAGCGGGAUGCAAGACGGGGGAUAUUAUCACCAAGACCAUGGAGAAUGGCCUCACAGUGCCCUUGGGGGCCCGUCCUAGCGUAGGCGCAGGGCUGUGGUUACAAGGCGGCAUCGGGCACCUAGCUAGGCUACAUGGCCUCGCGUGUGACUCCAUCAUUGGUGCCGUAGUGGUCAGUGUUGAUUCUGGCCAAGUGCUCUACGUUGGCCAUGUGCCAAACCAAUACCGUCCGGCCGAUGCUGUACGCCCGGAAAACGAGGCCGAUUUGCUAUGGACGAUAAAAGGCGCCGGCACCAACUUUGGCAUCGUUAUCAGCGUGACCUUUAGGGCCCACGCAGCUCCAACUUACUUAACUCGAGACUGGGUUUUCCCGCUGAAAGAUAAUCUCGAAGCACGACGAAAGCUCAGCAAUUUUAAUAAAUUUGUCGCUAGAGAACUUCCUCGAAACAUUUCAGCGGACGCGUAUCUGUACUGGGAUGCCGGUAAACUACAUCUUGGUGUAACUAUGUUCGAAUCUUCGACGACUAGGGCCGCUUUAGAAACACCUACACCCACGCUCAAGUCUAUUAGAGAAAUAUUAGGACCGGAGGAGAAUUCGAAGAUAGUGGACGGCGUUGGUCUAUUCGAGACGGAUAUGUACAUGUCCGGGAUGCAUGGUGGUCACGGCGGUGGCAAAACGUCAUCGUUUAAGCGAUGCUUAUUCUUAAGUGAUAUCGGGGCAGCGAAAAUUGCUGAAAUCUUGAUAAUGGCUGUUGAAACUCGUCCCUUGCCACUUUGCUAUCUCCAUCUACUACAUGGUGGUGGAGCUGUUAGCGACAUUACGAGCGAUGCAACCGCUUUCGGUUGUCGAGACUGGAGCUUUGCAUGCGUGAUAACUGGAGUGUGGCCCCGAGAUCAAGAUGGAACAGAAACUGCCCUAGCUGCCGUGCAUUGGGUUUACAGCGUCGCCGACAACUUGCUGCCUUUGAGUAGCGGAGCUUACGGCGCAGACCUCGGGCCGGACCCCCGGGACGCCGCCCUCGCUACCAAGGCAUUUGGGCCGAACCGGUCGCGCCUGGCCCACCUCAAGCGCAAAUUAGAUCCAUGUAAUGUGUUAGCUUACGCCUGUCCACUGCCAAAAGCACCGAGGGAACCCCGACUUAUCAUCCUUGUGACAGGCGAAAGUUGUGCUGGCAAGGACUAUUGCGCCGAUAUCUGGGUUUCCGAACUCAGCAAUAAAGGUCUAGCAGCAUGUGUAGUUAGCAUUAGCGAUGUGACCAAGCGAGAAUAUGCUGCGGCGAGUGGUGCCAAUCUAAACCGCCUACUUCUAGAUCGUGUUUACAAGGAGCAGCACCGGCCAGCACUGACAGCGUUUUGGAAAGACCAGGCACGGCAGCGGCCUCGGUUGCCAGAGGAGCAUUUCUUAAACGUAGUACACGGCGCGGAAGAACUUGAUGUGCUGCUAAUAACUGGGAUGAGGGAUGAGGCGCCUGUUGCAACCUUGUCAUAUUUGGUGCCGCACAGCAGGUUGCUCGAGGUCCGUGUCCAAGCCAGCGAAGAGAUGCGGCGGGCUCGCGGAGGGAGUCAAGGCGUUAAUAGCGAUGAAAAGAAUAGUAACUAUCGUCCUAGUUUCAUAUUCAACAAUAACGGAACCGGAGAUGAGGUAAUAAAAGAAUUUGUAGAAUGCUCCUUACUUCCGUUCUUUCACGAAGACCUACAGCGUCUAGCCGAUAUGGUGCGCCCGGUACCCGACUUUCCACGCCGAGAUAUCAAGUUCCGUCAUGUACUAGACAUCUCGCAGCAGCCCGGGGGUCUGGCUUUAUGCACAUCUCUAUUGCAAACGCACUUCGCUGGCGACUGGGCUAAUAUUUCCGCGGUGGUAAGUUGCGAGGCUGGCGGCUUUAUAUUCGCGUCGGCGUUGGCUGCGCAGAUCAAUAUCCCAUUAGCGCUGAUCCGUGAAGCCGGGAAGCUUCCGCCACCCACCAUCUCCAUCGCCAAGUCCUCGUCGCAUAUUUCGUCUUCAGCAUCUAAUAGUUCGGGUGAGAAAAGAAUCGAGAUAGAGCGGGACGUGAUUCCCAGGGGCGUGUCAGUAGUGGUGGUAGAUGACGUGCUUGCCACAGGGGAAACGCUUUGCGCGAUGUUGCAGCUGUUACAUGAGGCUGGCAUUAGAGCUGAAAAUAUCAGCGUUAUGGUCGUGGCCGAGUUCCCUGUUCAUCGUGGUCGGGACCUGUUACGCCGGCGUGGAUUUGGGACAGUCGAUGUACAAAGCCUUUUAGUUUAUGAUGGUGCGUAA